CGUUACCUGGUACGGUCCGUACAUGUUUGAAAUGUCUACGAAAAGUUACAUCUUCGUACAGUUUAUACUAUCGUAGAGUAUCUUCAUGUAUGCGUGAGAGUACGUACAACGUGUGCGCGCGCACAUGUUCGCCACACGAAAAGAUUGGAAAACAGCGAGAGCGUACCGAUAAGGUAGCAAACGGUUGCAAAUGCAACAACGGGACCGGACGCAGCGCUUGGGUCUUCGCUACGCCCCCUCCAGUACAGGGCAGGACGCAAUUGCAACGAACUACGCCACACUUGCUGAUAUCAACGAUGACAAUGGCGACGCUUCGCACCUUCGUUCGACGGGCUAGCCCCCGUGUGAUGGCAGUGUAAGUACCCAAAUGCACAUGUUAGUUUUCGCCGUGAACACAUCCUCGAGCAGAGUUUUUUUUGGAGGUCUUUCAUUUCAUCGGAGGGCUCGGAGGUGCCGAUUCGAGUCGCGCUAUUGUCGCCCGAGCCAAAAGGACAGGCUUGUGUCUCGCAAUAGCUUGCAAAAUGGGAUUCGCACUCUGGAGGCGACGAAAUGUUUUAGAAUUGUCUGCGACAGAUUAUAUUCAAGCAUUUCAAAGUCACAAUGCUCUCUUAGAGGAUGGAUAGGAGUAUAGCUCUACCAUGGACUUUCGUUCUCACACGUUUUUUGCACUCGCAUGCACAACGCUCUCUGCGGUUUUGGCCUCACUACAGUGCCACACAACAGACUCGUGGUAUGGCCACUGAAAAGCAAAGUAAGUGUUUAGAUAUCAGUCAAAUUAAUCGCACUUACAUGAAGUAACGAAACUCAACUUCUCGUUCUAUUCCUGUCCAGUUUUCAACCAAAUCCAAUCGACGAAGAACAUCAAGAAGAUUACGUCGUCGAUGAAGAUGGUUUCCGCCGCGAAAUUGAAGGGUGACGAACAACGCCUAGCAGCUGCGAUCCCUUUCAACAACUGGUCCUAUGAAAUUUACUCCGAACCUACCUUGAUUGAAGACGCCACUUUCGAGGAGCUUCCCCAGAAGGUUCUCGUCGUACCAUUUACUUCCGACAAGGGUCUUUGUGGUGGUAUCAACUCGUUCAUCUCUCGUGGAACCAGAGAUAUGGUGAACAAGUUGAAAGCCCAAGGGAAAGAAGCCGAUAUCGUUAUUAUCGGAGACAAGGGACGAUCCCAAAUGCGAAGAACCGUUGGUGAACACGUCGUGCGGUCCGCAACGGAGGUCGAAAGUCCCGGAACCUAUGCAUUGGCUUCUGCCCUUUCGACCGAGCUAAUCGCUGCCGGCGCCGAGGAUUACGAUGCCGUCGUAAUGAUUUACAACUCUUUCGUCAACGCUGCUGUAUACAAUCAGAUGUACAAGGUCGUAACCCCAUUGAAACCAAGCGAAGAUGGAUCCGAAAUUCUCCCCACGUACGACUUCGACUCUGACAAGGCCGAGUCUAUGACUGACUUGUACGAGUUUGUUCUCUCCACGCAGCUCUUCCACUGCUUCAUGGAUGGUGCUGCAUCCGAACAGUCUGCUCGUAUGACUGCCAUGGAAAACGCUUCCAACAACGCCAACGAAAUGAUUGACUCGUUGACUCUUCGAUACAACAGAGCUCGUCAAGCCCGUAUUACCACGGAACUCAUUGAAAUUAUUUCCGGAGCCUCUGCCAUUGAGGAAUAAAUAGAGAUGUGAAUCCUAAUUUAGUACGAUAGGAAGAUGGAACGAUGCGGUGAAAAAUUAAAACUAGGAUUCGUCUGAUCACAACAAUAGAAGCCAACCACUGUUUUGUUUCUAUGAUUCAUUUCAUCAAUACUUACGACGGUAGGCCAAUGGAUUAGCCCGCAAGAGAAAUAUCGCGGAUAUCAAUGAUCACUGGGGAUAUUUGUGGUUGUCUCGGCAUUCGAAAGACAUCAAGUUUCUGCCAGAUGUUUUCUGCUUGAAGCGGUGGGCUACACAAUUUUCAAUUGCUUGCACUACUUUUUCUUGCACAUUGAUUAGCGCUUUAUUGUCCUUACCGACACCAAAGAUGUGCAUCUUAUCAACUACGAAGACGAUUGAAACUUCACUCCAGUCAUGUGAACUCAGCUACAGAGCUAAUCAGCUACAGAACUAAACGUAUAUUUUACAA